CCCGCGCAGGCCCAGUGGCCGAGCGGCGACCUGGGGCUACCCCGCUAGCUCCAGCGCCGCUUCCUUGGCCACUGCCUGGGGAGAGCCGGAGGAUGAACUGAACCUCGCAGCCGCUGCUAUCUCAAGCGUUCAUUACAGGGCAUGGUGUCUAUCUGAAGAAUAUUUUACUUUCAAAGGAAGGAUGCUGUCUCCAGAUGAUAAAAUGUUAGGAAAACUGGAUCCAUUUUAUCGAUCUUCAGUGUCCAAGCAGAAGACCAGUGCAGAAAUCAUAAGUGAAGCACGAAAUGCGUUAAGAACAGUUAGAACCCAAAGACCAUUUACACCACAGGAAGCCCAAAGAAAACUAUUCGGACCUGCAUCCUCAAGAACGUCAGAAAAUAGACCUCCUUCCUCCUUCAGCCUCCAUGCAUCCAGUUUUGAGUCAUCUGAUUCCAGGCCUAUCUCUGGCGCACGUCUUAGUCCACUAGAGCUGAAACCGAAAGUUCCAGCAUCUCCCACCAGAGAGGAGGAUUCCUGCUUUUCCUUUCCUAAGCCCCCAGUGGACCCUGCGAAGAUUAGAAGAAUAAGCAGUGCCAGGGCUCGCUUAUUCAGGGCUGCCUCCCAGGGGGCCCUUCUGCCGGACAGAUCCCUUCCUCCCUCUGACUCAAAGAAGACAGUGGAAUCCAAAGAAACAGUUAUGAUGGGGGACUCUGUGGUGAAAAUAAAUGGGAUUUAUUUAACAAAAUCAAAUGCUAUUUGCCACUUAAAGAGUCACCCACUUCAGCUAACUUAUGAUGGAGGCUUCAGUGAAAUAAAGGAGCAAGAAAUGUUCAAAGGAACAACAUCCUUACCGUCUCAUCUCAAGAGUGGAGGGGACCAGGGGAAGAGACAUGCGAGGGCCUCAUCACGCCCCAGUAGCUCAGACCUGAGCAGGCUGCAAACCAAAGCAGUCCCAAAAGCUGACCUGCAAGAAAAGGACGCAGAAAUAGAAGUAGACGAAGUCUUUUGGAAUACAAGGAUUGUACCGAUUUUGCGUGAAUUAGAAAAGGAAGAAAACAUUGAAACGGUUUGUGCUGCUUGCACACAACUUCAUCAUGCUUUAGAGGAAGGAAACAUGCUUGGAAAUAAAUUUAAGAGAAGAAGUAUUCUCCUGAAGACCCUAUGUAAACUAGUUGAUGUUGGUUCAGACUUGCUCAGCCUUAAACUUGCAAAAAUAAUUCUAGCACUUAAAGUGAGUAGAAAGAAUCUUCUUAAUGUCUGCAAACUUAUAUUUAAAAUUAGCAGGAAUGAGAAGAAUGAUUCUUUGAUUCAAAAUGACAGCAUUCUGGAAUCAUUGUUGGAGGUACUAAGAAGUGAAGACCUGGAAACUAACAUGGAAGCUUUUUUAUACUGUAUGGGGUCUAUAAAGUUCAUUUCUGGAAAUCCAGGAUUUCUUAAUGAAAUGAUCAGCAAAGGUGCUGUGGAAAUACUGAUAAAUUUGAUAAACCAAAUAAAUGAGAACACCGAGAAAUGUGGUACAUGUUUGCCUAAUUCGGGCCACUUGCUAGUCCAGGUGACUGCUACGUUGAGAAACUUGGUUGAUUCACCAUUAGUAAGAACUAAGUUCCUAAGCAUCAGUGCCCUUCCCCAGCUCUGCACGGCGAUGGAACAGUACAUGGGUGACAAGGACGUCUGUACCAAUAUUGCCAGAAUAUUCAGCAAACUUACUUCUUACCGUGACUGCUGUGCAGCCUUGGCCAGCUAUUCCAGAUGUUAUGCCUUAUUUCUGAAUCUAAUUAACAAAUACCAGAAGAAGCAGGAUUUAGUCGUCCGUGUUGUUUUUAUUCUUGGUAACCUGACGGCGAAAAAUAACCAGGCUCGUGAACAAUUUUCCAAAGAGAAAGGGAGCAUCCAAACUCUGCUGUCAUUAUUCCAGAUGUUCCAUCAGCUGGACCUGCAUUCCCAGAAGCCGGCGGGCCAACGAGGCGAGCAGCACAGGGCGCAGAGGCCGCCGUCAGAGGCAGAGGAUGUGCUCAUCAAGCUGACCCGCGUGCUGGCCAACAUUGCCAUCCACCCGGGCGUGGGCCCGGUACUGGCUGCCAACCCGGGGAUAGUGGGCCUGCUCCUGACCACGCUGGAAUACAAGUCACUUGAUGAUUGUGAGGAGCUGGUGAUCAAUGCUACAGCGACAAUCAACAAUUUAUCUUACUACCAAGUGAAGAAUUCCAUAAUUCAAGACAAAAAGCUAUAUAUUGCUGAAUUGCUCUUAAAGCUUCUUGUCAGUAACAACAUGGAUGGAAUCCUGGAGGCUGUGCGUGUUUUCGGAAAUCUCUCCCAGGACCGUGAUGUCUGCGAUUUCAUUGUGCAGAACAAUGUCCACAGGUUCAUGAUGGCGCUGCUGGAUGCUCAGCAUCAGGAUAUCUGCUUUUCUGCCUGUGGUGUUCUCCUCAAUCUCACUGUGGAUAAAGACAAGCGUGUCAUCCUGAAAGAAGGAGGUGGCAUUAAGAAGUUAGUGGAUUGUUUAAGAGAUUUUGGUCCUACUGAUUGGCAACUGGCCUCCUUGGUUUGUAAAACUUUAUGGAACUUCAGUGAAAACAUCACUAAUGCUUCGUCAUGUUUUGGAAAUGAAGACACCAACACACUCUUACUCCUGCUCUCAUCAUUUUUAGAUAUGAAAUAACUGAGAUUCAGUAACUUGCCCGAAGUCAAAUAUGUAAGUUAAAGGCAAUUCAACCUGUCAAAUCUAUUUCAAAGGGAUAAUAUAACUCAGAAAAUGCAUGCAAAGCAUUCAGAUGGCUGUGAUACUGCUUCUAAAAUUUAUUUUUGAAGCAUAAAAUAAACACCUGCUUUUUUUUUGCUACAGCAAAAGAAUGCAGGAGGGGAUUCUGAUUCAUCAUAUAUAGGAAUUAAAAUUUGCUUAUAGAAAACUGAACUUGCUCUGUUUCAAAGGAGUAACAAAACUGAGAAUAUAUAAAAGCCAGGAAGAUAAGGAAUAGAGGUGAAAGCAUUUUAACACAUUUACAUUCACCUGAUAUCACCUUCUAUAUUGGUGCAAAGUUAAACAUGAAAAAGAAUUUUAAAGAGAGAAAUUUCUAGAUCAAAGUUGAUUAAAUCUUCUGAAAGAUAAAAAAUUAUGAAGCCAGACUGUUUAUUUUGUGCAAAAGAGAAGAAUGUGAUUGGCACAAAAAGUCUUCACCACUAGGCCACACUAUUUUCAGCCUUCCCUCAUGUCACUGUAGUAGCCAGUCUAUAUUAUUUGGCCCUGAUGGGACACAUGCUGUUGGCUCCUGAUCCUAAAAUUAUCUAAGUGUAAACUCCUAGAGGGUCUUAGAGUUUUGUACGUCACUUUUGUAUAAUUUUGUAUAUCACCUAGACUAGUGAUGAGCAUGAGGCAGUCAAUAAAACCUUACUGAAUGAAUCGAUAUAGGGGCCCAAUAUCACCACAGUCUUAACAGGGUGGGUUUUUCUAAGAAGCCAAUUGAAGAAAUAAUAUAACAGCAAUUAUUGUGAUUAGUUUUAUGACAAUCUCAUGACAAAUAAU